UGAGAAACUGCCCAUCCCCAAAGAUAAUUAAGCCAAACGGCUGAGAGGAUUGUUUAUAUAGCCAGAUGGCGAACCGAAACAUCCCUCUCGUUGCUGCAACGCCCCGAUAGAUCGCCCCAUAGUCCUACAAUGAGCGCGUCGAAGAUAGACCAUCCACUGGCGGAAGUGAGGCAAAGAGCGCUCCAAAAUCUGAAGCUUAAGCUGAGGACGGGUGCAAUAACGAAGGAGAGCAUCGCAUUGGAUUCGGAUCUCCUACACGCCCUCUUAGCAACUGUGAAAAGAACUGGGGGGAAUCAAUACGCAGCGGAGCGUGAGAACAUCCUAGAGUUUCUGGAUGAUUUGAUUGAUAACCCAGUAGGACGCGCAGGGCUCCUGAAUGCCGAGGCUUUGAACAUCUUGGAAUCCAUAGGCAAGGAGGAGAAUAUUCCCGAGAUCAUACGUCGAAGGAGCCGAGCGCUAUUGGGCCGUUUGGUGCAUACAACUCCGCAAGUGGCUGUGGAGAAGUUUCAUGUCCUUUGGAAGGCGCAAGCCACCCAAGUUGUGGGUUUCAAGACUGAGAUCGUAAGCCCGAAGCAAUCAGUAGCACGAGGGGAUGUAGCAUCCGCAGACAUCGACAUAGCGACGCAGUCCGUGCUGCAAGAGUUCUGCCAACCUCUCUACCAUUGUUCCGCAGACACCUCACUUACUGAAGCUGACGAGCAACUUCUCUACGAUUUUCGCGAUUCGAUGGAUGAUGUAGCCCACAAUCGCAACCUGUUUGAGGCCGUGAUUUAUCGGUUAGGGCCUGGCGUGUUCCUGCGGAGAGACGACUUGUUGGAACUGCUUGUAGAAGCGGUCAAGGAAGACGCAGGCGCAUAUGCAAUGAAUUACCUGCAGAGAUUGGUCACUGAAUGGAGUCGCGAAUGCCUAGGACUGCUGACAACCUCCCAUACCGUUGACGCUGCCACUCCAAAUUCUUCAAGCUUUCUGGAGGACGUGGAUGGGCAGUCGAACGAAGUUCCCCAGCAAAUCCAUGUAUACGCGACAACCUGCAGUGGGAUGUUCAUAAGGCUCAUCCAUUGUCUGGGAACGUUUGACCAUGGUACUCUCCUCUUGCCCUUGCUCUACGGCCUAUUACCUGCGGUGAGACUGCAGUUGAGCUUCAGACAUGAUGUUGAGUCGACCGCUCAGAUCGCCAAGUGUCUUAUUCUCGAACUCCUCGGAACGAUUCAAAGCACUCCUUCGUCCGAUGCACAAGUUCUUGGAGUAGUCCGCAGAGAGCAGAUCGUUUGUUUCGCUAUGGAUGUGGUCACGGAGUUGUUGCCAGCACUGAAGGAAGAACGACACUUUCUGGCCAGUAUCCUCCAUUGCUUCCUGAAUACAGCGGGCCCGAACGCCGUUCCCAGCACUAUCCUUGGACUUGCGCCGAACAAUCUCGGAAAGGCCGAUCAGCUUUAUGGUUACCUAUUGGCGCACGAGCAGAGCUGGGUGCGGUCUGUCACCAUUCAUGAGCUUCAGGGGCAUCUGCAAACGUCGACCACAGAAAAAGCUCACACGUUGAUAGGCGAGAAGCUUAUCCUCGGUCUUGUCAGUCUCGCCUGCCCCGAUGUCGCCAACGCCGAGUCGCGCCUGGCUUCUGACAUACUCGAGAAUGGCAUCGACCACGUCGAUGGCAAAGUUCUUCGUAACGUGUUCCCGUGGUUACAAAUGGUGUACAAUUACAAUGACCAGCUAUCCAAUAAAGUGGUUGACAAGGUGAAGCCCUCGAAUCGGGACACUCGCGGAUGCAACUUCCGCACUUUGCUGCACAGAAACCGGAAACUGAGAGAGCAGGCAGCAAGCGCCUUGAUUGAAUAUCUCGAUGGCCGAUCCAUUCCCCGCAAAGAAAUCCCGGAUGUCGCCGACGCCCUGCUUUUGCCUUUGUCGUUGAGCGAAACCUUCGAACGGGAGCCGCGGAAAACAUCGCAUCCGGAGGCCGCUACUCUUGUGGAACGUCUUCUCUCACACUUGCGAAGGUCUGGUGCUGACGGCGUUGGUCUGAGCCAAGCUCUGCACGAGGUUGCCGAGAGCAUACAUGACCACAAAGUGAGACAGCAUUCUCUCGACAGGGAGGUGCACUCAGCCCUCUUAAAAUAUAUGCAAGCUCAUCCCCCGCUGGACACGGUGGAUAUGCAAGCAAUGAUUUUCAUUUUCCGCAAGCUGUUUGAAGCCGACCGAGCUGGUGUGCUGCCCCUCUGGAAGUCGGUGGAAGAUCAGGAUUUGUUCAUCUCGCUUGUUUUCCAUCCUGAUGCUAGGUUGCGUUAUGAGAUGGCAUGUAUCUUCUCUCAAGUGAUUCUGGCAGAGAUGCCGUUGGACGUCAAUCUAUUACCCGCAAUCAAACGAUCGUAUCAAAUCGUUGGAGUUGUCAACUACCCCACGUCAACAUUGGAGCUGAAUGGGGUGACUGCAAGCAUCUGGUUAGCAUGCCUGAAAGAUUAUCGGUCAAAGAUCACCCUGCCGCACACGGAACGAAAGCUGGUGGCAACUGAGCGAAACCUGUUUGCAUGGCAUCAGUCAUUCGCAAUUGACAUCCUCAAAGCCGCAAAGAGCCAUGAUGAUUUCAAUCGGGGACUUCAAGCGCUUCGAGAAUCAUGCAACUUGGACGGCUCUCAAAUGGACGGCCACAGCCUUGCGCAGGUGUUUGCCAAAAUCAUCACCAAGCAGCCUGCAACAUUGGAGGAUGCAACCCUGUUGCUGCACGUCCUCAUUACGUUGAGGGGAAUGAUUAGAUUCCCCACGGCACUCGUUGCGCUGCAAGGAGUAUUUGUCACAGGACUCGAGCGUUUGUUCUUGCUGCUGCUGCAAACUGAGUGUAACUGGUCGGAUCAACCUCUCGCGAGCGAAGAACUAGAGUCUGACAUCUCAACUUCUCUUCGACGAGAAAUCCUGUCAAUUGGAAGCCACUUCUUUCAAAAUCUGCCGCCCACCGUGGUACGUGACAUGAUCUCGCGGACAGGGAUCGUACCGACGCUACUAUCAACGCUACAUCACCUAGUCAACAGCACUUCGGUCGUAGAUCAUAUGAGCGCUUUGGAUGCCUUGAGUUGGUUUGGCAGCUGCGUUGCUGCCUCAAACGCGGUUGAGUCGCAGAGGAUGCUUGCCGAAAGCUUCAAGACGAUCGUUGAGGUGGCACAUAUUGCCAAAUCAGAUGGAUCGGCAUCAGCCGGAACGCUCUGCUUUGGGGCAUGCGAACUCUAUUCUAAAGCUCUCAUGUGUCUUCGGACGUUGCUGCAUCAGCUCAAGGAAUGCACGGUCACUGACGACAUACCAACGCUGGACUCGCUUCAAUGGCUUUGGGGAGAACAUCCGGACGAUGAUGUUACCGUGCGCAGUCUCAAGAUGGGUAUUGCGGGCGACCUACUACUUCUUGCACCACCUGACGGUGUACUUGAAAUGGCUCAAGCCAUGGACAUGCUGGAAAAAGCAUUCACAAUGGUUGACCAGGACAUCGUCGAGGAUGAUUAUACAUCCGCCUGCUUGGAUUUCAUCGGAAGUUUUCUUGCUUGUUCUUUCAGUCGUGGAAUCGUGCAUGUAGAGGCCUCGGGACCAGCUCAUACUCCUGUUGGGGACGCAAUGAAACUACUCGAUCAUCAUCAGUUCUUUGCGAAAGUCACAAACAUCCUCUCCAAGGAUUCUGAGGGCCGUUUACGAAGAAGACCCGUAGUGCUGAAUUCCCUCUUCAGUCUUCUUUUGCUUGUCAUGAAGCUGGAUACGAUGUACUGCCUCGAAACCUUGCGCAGUAGUGAUAUCUGGGACGGAAUGGUCGCCGCCCUUACAGGCAAGCACCCUGACCAAGACACCAUCGCUGAUGGCUGCAUCGUCGAUCAUCUGAAACGGAUGCACCGUAUGCGGAUUUCUGGCCCGGUGAUUCCGUCACUGCAUGCCAGUAUACUGGAGAUCCUGUGGGUCGAGGCCGAGUCUGAUGAGGGCAUCAAGCGGCGACUUGUUGCCUCCGACACGAUUUUCUCCUGCAUCAUACAGAUCCUCGGCGGAUAUGAAGCAAAUAAGGAUGGCGUAUUAUCGGAAUCGGGGAAUCCAUUGGUGGACCGGCAAGCCUUCUGGGGUCUCACUCUGUGUGCAAGCAUGAUUCACGACUAUGCGGCCGCCCGGACAUCCCAAUUGGAAGAUUUGUUUCGCACCUCGGGUGGCCUAACAACUUUGAAGGGCUUGCAGAGCAGAAUAAAUCGCCCCGUACCUGACGCUACAUCUCCGCUAGUAAGAGCAACGUGUCAGUUGCUCUCGCGGAUCCUGGCCUUGCAUUGUAGCAUGGUCGUCGAUUUAUCUAUGACGCAAAUCCUCACAACACCAUGCGAGACUGGACGCGAUUCCCUGCCCAUCGGAUCGGCUUUAUGCAACGAUCUUAUUCCUUUGUUGCUUAAAGCACACGAUGCCGAAGACGCACCGCUGUUGGAAUCGGUUCGUAUAUCUCUGCAAUGCCUGCUGGGCUGUUUCGAUUUCGUCAAACACCAUGCCAUUGCCGCCCGGAUACUGAAGAAGCUAGCAGCUAAAGCCCAGCAGUUGCUGCAUGAGUCCAGUACAUUUGAGCAGCAUCAAGGACUCUUUGCCAUCAUAUCUGUAUUUCGACACGCCUUGGCAGGUUCCCCGGAAGUCAAAGCCGCUGCGGUGACUCUCAGCCUGCAUUCAACUUUGUAUCGGAUCAUGCUGCGGAACGAUACUGACGAGAUGGUUAUGCUCGAGUGCUUGACGUGUUUGCGGAAUAUGAGUGCCAACUCGGGCGAAUUAACCAAAGUGUUACUCGAGCCUGCUGGAGAAGGCGCCAGGGGCAUGAUAGGUGUCAAUGUGAUCUUGAAUGUGCUGCGGGAGAACAUGGACGCCGAAGUAGUCUUUGGGGCAGUGGAGGUUUUGAAGAUAGCGGUGAUGCAGAGCGAGCCUAGACGAGUGCUGUGGAAGAUGAAUAUCAUAGCGGCUCUGUCCUCCAUCAUGGAUGGCUUCGCGAAGGCAAAGGCAUAUCCCAAACUGGCGGCUUUGCUAGGCUUUUUUCGGGCUUACACUUAUCAUAGAGAUGGACAAGUAAACUUCAUGCGCAUCGAUGGAGCGUUCGACAUCCUCCUCGAGUGUCUGGCGGUCCGGAAUAUGCAAGUGCGAUGCGCCUCGCUGCAUGUGUUGAGUCUCCUCGCCAUUUCAAAGGACAACAAAGCGACCUUCCUAUCCAAUGAUGCUUUUUUCACGGCUCUUUUGGAUCUGCUCCCUCUGCGAAAUUUAGAUAUAUUGACGCCGCUGACCGGGUUGAUCAGGAACCUCUUAUUCGACUGUCAAAAGAGCAAGAUACCUUUGAGGCGGCAAGACAUUAAGGAGCAAUUGGACCAUCUAACCGACUGGGCGAGAAACGGUACGUAGCCUGUUAUCUCCCACUAUACGCCACCAAAUCCGGGUGGUUACCAUCUCACAGACUCUCCCAUCGCAAUCAUUAGAUGAGCGAUCGCUUCAGCGUGCCGGGGAAGCAGGGGCUCAAGACGACAGAGCAUGGUUCGAAAUCGUCAGUAACCUGGAAGAAAUAAGCUCAAAUUUUCGAGCUGAUGCAUGAUGCAGAGCAUUUUGAAGCUCGGUGAUGCGUACUAUUUCAAUUGCGCGUAUAUGCGGGAACGGGGCGAGUCGACGGCGGCGUAGAAUGGCAGCGACUCGGCGUUAUGUAGUGUUCAUGUAGCGUGUAGACUUGCGAUUCGGAAUACAUUGGGUUGCUUUCCCUUUCCCCGCGUCCUUGCAGUUGCUAGCUACCACAGACCGGGUUUUUCGGGGCACUCUUCAGGGCUUUGUCCACCAUCAUAUAUGUGAAAUGCGGAACCGCCAC